AUGGCUGAGGGAAACCACACAAAGGUGACUGAGUUUGUGCUCUUGGGAUUAGUGGACAGUCCCAAACUGAAGCCACUGUGCUUUGUUGUGGUAUUAAUGAUGUAUCUAGUCACCUUUACUGGGAAUCUUGGGAUGAUCAUGUUAAUCAGAAUCGACCCUCAACUCCAGAAUCCCAUGUAUUUCUUCCUCAGCCAUUUGUCCUUCUUAGAUUUUGGGUAUUCCUCAGCCAUUGCCCCCAAAAUGCUGGAGAGUUUUUUAGCAGAGAAGAAAACCAUUUCAUUCACAGAAUGUGCUGCACAAAUGUAUUUCUUUGUCUUCUGUGCAAGUACCGAAUGCAUCCUAUUGGCAGCAAUGGCAUAUGACCGGUACGUAGCCAUCUGUAAUCCUCUCCUUUAUAUGGUUACUAUGUCCCCCAAAAUGUGCGCCUUAAUGGUGGCUGGAUGCUACCUUGUUGGCUUCAUCAAUGCAAUGACACAAACCAUCUCCACCUUUGCACUCUCUUUUUGCAGCUCCAAUGUCAUCAACCAUUUCUUUUGUGACGUUCCCCCUUUGUUAGCUCUUUCCUGCACUGACACAAGCAUCAAUGAAAUGGUACUCUUUGUAUUUGCCACAGUCCUGGGCAUUUUCACCUCAGCAGAAAUUGUAGUGUCCUACACAUUCAUCCUGUCUGCAAUCUUGCAGAUCCGCUCAACUGAAGGGAAACAAAAGGCUUUUUCGACAUGUGCUUCACACCUGGUAGCUGUCUCUAUCUUCUACGGAACAACGGUCUUCAUGUAUCUGCGACCUAGCUCUAGCUACUCCAUGGACCAGGACAAAUGGGCUUCUGUGUUUUACACAGUGGUGAUUCCCAUGCUGAACCCCCUCAUCUACAGCCUGAGGAACAAGGAAGUGAAAAAUGCCUUGAGACGAAUUCAAACACAGAUCACUUUCUUGAGGGGCAUGAGAAGUUUAUAA